UGAAAAAUAAGUUGAUGUUGCAUUUUGACUUCGCCUUUCUUCCUACAUAAUGGAGAAAUCUAGCAUUGACCCCAGGUGGUUUCAGUUUUACUCCCCUUUAGCUACUGGCCACAGCAGGGCUAAGGUCAUUGUAGUUUUGUGGAAUGUUUUUGGUGUCCAUCCUUCCCAUCCAUUUUCCACCUGUCAGUGAAAGAAGCUCAGCCCAAAUUGCGUUUAAGCACCAGUUUCCUGUUUCUAGUAACCUGCUCUGCCUGGGGUACCCUCUUCAGGGUUAGUUUCCACACAGCAGAGCCUGCUGACUUAGAGAUUCUUUGAAGCCUUAAAAGUUAGAGGGAAAAAUGAUUAGGCCUAGGCUCUUUGGCCUAUGGGACGUUAGGGCUAGGGAGGAGAACCUGCUACCUGAUUCCAAAGAAGUGCUGAGAAUGUGACACCUAGUAAAAAGUAAGGCAAGCUCACCAUGAUUGUUCCCUGGCAUGUCAGGUGACACUUCUACAAAGGGUCCACUUUUAGCUGAAGAUGGUUAGCAAUGGUCUCAGUCUGUGGCAUCUCCACUCCUGAUUUCAGCCUCCUAAAGGGACUCUAUUUUGGGAAAACAGCCCAUCUGGAAAUUUGUGCAGAUGACUUCUCUGCUGCAUCUCAUUUAUUUAUUGAAGUGUUUACUGAGUGCCUGCUACUGCACACUAGGGAUAUGAUGAUAAGGAGACAGCCCUAUUUUUCUGAGCUUGCAGAUAAGUAGGACUGCCUGGAAAUGGCUCAGGUGCCCUGCUGCCAUUGCCUUUAUCCCUGGAAUACCCCUGUGAGGAUGAGCCCUAAUGUGCAAGUAUUUCCUGAAUGAGGACCAGCAUGACCUGAAGUUUUGCAAAACCGGGGCAGGGGCACUACCUUGAGUGUUGGAAAGGUCACGGAAGCCAGUGCAGAACAAUGGGGACCGGGGCUGGGAUUUGAGGAACAUUAUAGGACAAACAUUUUUUAAGUAUCAGAAGUGCUUGAUAAUUUACACGAAUUAAUCUCAUUUAAUCCUCACAAAAAAACCCUAUAAAAUUUGGUACCAUUAUUAUCUCCGUUUUAUAAGUGAGGAAACAGUCAGAGAGAGGUCAAGUGAUUAGCCCAAGUUCACACACUGAGGAUCUGGGACUUAAACCCAAAGCAGAGCUCUUGUUCUUUUGGCCUACUGUUGAACAAAGAUCUCGAAGAAGUAGGGUGUUUGGGGUUUCUGUGAGGAGGCCAAUUUUCUGGCAGGUGAGACUGUAAGGAAGAUUGAAGCCAGCUUUGUGAAAGCCUUGAGAAGACCUCCAAAGGACAGCGACAUGGAAAAGAGUCUUUAAGGAAGAUAAAUGUGAUCGGGUUGGAGGAUAAAUUAACCCAUAGUAAGAACUCCUUGUGGUCGGCCCCCCACUCUCACUUCCUUUCCUCUUCCUUAUUCCGAGAAGGGGCAUGACGAAAUCGGUUUGCAGACUGUUUUUGGAGCCGGGGCUCCUGGUCGGGGCACCAAAGCCCCCGACUCUGUGCCGGAGAGGAACCACCGAGAUGAAGCCGCUCCCGCCUUCCUAGAGAGUAGAAAGCAGCAGAAAGUAUUUACUGCGGCGCGGAUUGGUGACGUCACGCCAGCAGGGAGCGUCGGGACUUGUUCGGCGGCCUGACGCCCAAGUGUCGCGAGGUUCGUCGAAGCGGCGCAGUCGGGGGGACCCUGGGGAGCAGUGUCUUUCCUGCCCGGCUGCGGCGGUUCCGCCCCGUCGCUUCUCUCGGUCCCGGGCUGGCCGAGCAAAGCGCCUCAUGCUUCUAGGGGCCAGGGACCUUUGGCCAGCUCGCCCUGAAGAGGGAACGGAGAAGUCUGUUGAGAGCCCUGGUCUGGGAGUCGGGAGACCUGGGUUCCAUUUGUGUGUACCUGAGCCAGCAAGUGAACUGUUGAGUACUUCCGUUUUCUGAUUUCCAGAGAGAAUAUUAUUCCACGCUUUGCCGCUUCACAGGGUUGUGCGGAUUCCUGCCCUUCCUCAAGAGAAGAGUCCCCAGAAGACAAAGCAGUGUCACUUAUGUUCCUAACAGCUUGUCUCUGAGCAAGACCAAGCCUGAUGGCACAGUGUUAAAUGACUUGAGGAAGAUGUGGAGGGUCAGAGAACCUGGUCAUCAGGGAUUUGCAUUUGGAGAAGUUGAACCUGCAUGCUGAACAAGGAAGAGGAAUGAUAGAGAGGACAACACGUGCACACAUACACACGCACCUUUCCCAGGGGAACAGUGUUACUCUAACUAUAAUCUUUGAGGAAGUACUUUGUAAAUAUUGAAUUUGAGAGAAAGUUUCCUCUAAACCCGAACCUGUUGGACAGACGCCCCUUUGUUGUGUUAAAAGCAGCAUGAGUUCAAGCCAGAUUUCAUUGCAAAUGAAACAUCAGAGACUUAACACACAGAAGAAACCUUCAAAGUGUGGCAAAUGUGGAAAAUUCUUCACUCAGAGAUCAUCUCUUACCCAGCAUCAGAGGAUUCACACGGGAGAGAAGCCCUACGUGUGUAGUGAAUGUGGAACUUGUUUCCGUAAACAGUCAAAUCUUACUCAACAUCUGAGGAUUCAUACGGGAGAGAAACCUUAUACAUGUAACGAAUGUGACAAAGCCUUUCAGACAAAAGCAAUCCUUGUCCAGCAUCUGAGAAUUCAUACUGGAGAAAAACCCUAUAAAUGCAACGAAUGUGGCAAAGCCUUUUGUCAGAGUCCAUCCCUUAUUAAACACCUGCGAAUUCAUACUGGAGAGAAACCAUAUAAAUGCUCUGAAUGUGGCAAAGCCUUCAGUCAGAGCAUAUGCCUUGCUCGUCAUCAGAGAAGUCAUUCUGGAGAUAAACCUUAUAAGUGCAAAGAGUGUGGGAAAGCCUUUAAUCAGAGUGCAUGCCUCAUGCAGCAUCAGAGAAUCCAUUCAGGAGAGAAACCCUACAAAUGUAUGGAAUGUGGAAAAGCCUUCACUCAGAACUCUUCCCUCAUAGAACAUGAGAGAACUCACACUGGAGAGAAACUUUACAAGUGUAGUGAGUGUGAAAAAACUUUCCGCAAGCAAGCACACCUUAGUGAACAUUACAGAAUUCAUACUGGAGAAAAACCUUAUGAAUGUAUUGAAUGUGAGAAAUCCUUUAGGCACAGUUCAGCGCUUGUUCGACAUCAGAGGCUUCAUGCUGGAGAAUAAAACUUGGGACAUAACCAGUGUGGAAAGACUGGGUAUGAAAAGCCAUUUUUUUCCCUUCUAAAUUCUUAGGAGUUUAAGAUUCAGUCUUCAGCUGGCAUGAAUGUUUUGUAUGUUGAGCAAGAGGCAAUGUGUCCUAAAAGUUAAGAAAAUAGACUCAGAACUAAAUAGUCUUGAGUUUGAUGCCUUCUCUGUCACUUAAUAGGUGUGUGACCUUAUCCUCUCUGAGCUUCAAUUCCCCUUCCCCCAAAGAAUAAUGAGGACACUUACUAGGGUUCUCUAGAGAAUAAAAUGAGUAUGUAAUAAAUAACUGCCAUGAAUUGUUUUUGAGAUAUAGAUGUUCCAAAAGUUUAUAAAUCUGGCUAUUGAAAACAGGCAGAGUUCAGCAAUAGUUUUUUUUUUUUUGGUUCUCAUAAUGUAUUUUUUCUUAAGAACAUUCUUGAAAUUGGGUUGUGAUUUCAUGCUUAAUCUACAGAAGGCUAUUUAAACAAUAAUGUCUAGAUUUAAAUGAUAACACAAUUUAAGACCAGUUUAUCCUUGAAAAAACUCACAUUUAAUCAGAGGAAAAAAAAUUGGGAUUUGAGUGGACAUUGUGAAAUGUACUUCUGGGUACUCUGAGGAGCUUGAGUUAGAUUUGGAUACCACCCAUUGCAUCUAAUUUCACUUCAAGCUCUACACCUCUCUUUGCCAUGGAAAGGGGAGCCUCGCUGACUAACUGAAUCAAAACUCACAUUGCAGGACUUUUAUGUGUAUUUGGGGGCUGAUGGUGAGGACAAGGUACAUGAGAAUAGAGAGGAGUGGAAGAUAGAGGAGAAUGUAAGCAUGUUUAUGAGGAUGUGGCUUGACUUGUUUUAAACUCUUAAGGGAAGGAGAGAGUAGGAGACUUGAGUUCUCAGGUGCCUGCAGGUAGUACCACUGACCAGCAGCUAGCUGCCCUUCAAGGGAAGGUGAGAACAGUGUCGGGGAUGUGUAUGGGUCGGGGGUGCCUCACUUACAACAAACAAUGGCUUCUUAAAGCUCUCAAGAAGCAAAGAAAUCAAAGGAUACUUUUGAUGGUGCUUCCUGCAAUGCUAACAAGCUGUUUAAUGUAAACAAGCACAUCUAACACUAACAGUACCUUUGUAGGAAGGUAGGAUCUAUAUUCCACAUUCAGAGUCAAGGAAAAAGAGAAGAUACUUAGACUUGCUCAAAGUCAAACAGGUAAUGUCAGAGUUGAAUCUCACUGGAAAUCCUGGUAGUACCAAACUCACAUACAGGUAAUUUUCCGUCAUUAAGCCUUCCCAUUAAAUUGUGAGAUGCCAAAAUUGUGAAAACCGUUAAAGAAAAUAAAGGUUUAUUUUUUCAA